GGAAUCAGAUCCUCCCACAAUAAUGGUAGUCAAAUUCUUAAAACUGAACUAUAGCUUCUUACUUUACCUAUUCAUCAGUUUCACGUGUCAACUAUUUAUAACCACCUCUCUCUCAUUCACUCAAUAAAAUCUCAUCAAAACCAACUCAAUUGCAAUCUUCUUCUUCUCAAAUAGGUAACUUUCAGUUCUCUGCUCAACCUACCAAAAUGUCUAACCCUAAAGUUUUCUUCGACAUGACCGUCGGAGGCCAAUCCGCCGGCCGUAUUGUUAUGGAGCUUUACGCCGACACAACUCCUCUCACCGCCGAUAAUUUCCGUGCACUCUGCACUGGCGAGAAAGGAGUCGGUCGUAGCGGAAAACCACUCCAUUACAAAGGCUCUACCUUCCAUCGUGUCAUCCCUAAUUUCAUGUGUCAGGGAGGUGAUUUCACCGCCGGUAAUGGUACCGGCGGAGAAUCCAUCUAUGGUGCCAAAUUCGCUGACGAGAAUUUCAUCAAGACGCAUACGGGUCCUGGUGUACUCUCGAUGGCGAAUGCGGGGCCCGGUACAAAUGGAUCUCAGUUCUUUAUUUGCACGACGAAGACAGAGUGGCUUGAUGGAAAACAUGUGGUUUUUGGUCAGGUGGUUGAAGGAUUGGAUGUGGUGAAGGAGAUCGAGAAAGUAGGGUCCAGCUCCGGAAAGACGUCAAAGGCGGUGGUUAUCGCUGACUGCGGCCAACUUUGAUGAUUGAUCUUAAACAUAAAACAUGCAUCAUGCAUAUGAUCUUUACUUUUUAUUUUUCGUUUGUUUAAUUUCGGUACGUACUUUUGCUUUGUGUGUUUGCUACUAUAUAUCAAUGUUGGGGGAAUUAUGGUGCUUUAAUUCAAAUAUAUUCAAGCAUAUUGAUUAAUUAAUAUAUCUAAAUCAAUUCAUCUCC